AUGACAGAGGUUAGUAGAGAGCACGAGAAUGCGAGUGAAAAAGAGGAUGUGGUCACAAAUAUAAUGGUUCACUUGCCUAGGACUCCACCUCUCUUUCCUCAAAUAUUAGCAAAGAAGACUGAAGAAGGAAAAUACUGCAGGUUCAUCACUAUACUAAAACAACUUUCCAUCACUGCUCUGUUGAUUGAAUCUCUAGAUAAAAUGCCUGGUUAUGUGAAAUUUAUGAAGUAUAUGAAAAAGGAAGAUCCCAGUGCUUUCACUAUCCCUUGUACCAUUGGGUUAUUGCACUUCUCCAAGGAACUAUGUGAUCUUGGUGGUAGAAUUAAUCUCAUGCCAUUGUCCAUGUACAAGAAGUUGGGAUUGGGUGAUGUGAAAGCAACUACAAUGCGGUUUUUCAUGGUUGACUUUGAAGUUCUUGUCCUUGCGAGACCAUUUCUUGCCACGGGGCGUGCUUUGGUUUACAUAGAGAAAGGGAAGAUGAAGUUAGGACUUAACAAUGAAAAAAUGACUUUCAAUAUUUGUAGGUCCAUGAAGCAGAGUGGUGAGAUCCAAUCAGUAUCUGCUACAAAUUUUAGAAGUAAGAGUGGUUCGGAGGCACAAAUCGAGGAGAGACUGGGUGUUGAGGCGUUAACAACAGUGAUAAUGAACUUCGCGAUUGAUUUCAUCGAAGAUUAUGAUGAGUUCGUGGCCGCACCUGAUAGGUGCAAAUAUUAG